CCAAGUAAGAGCAAUCAAACCUACGCGCUAGAAAGAAAGAAAGAAACCGAACGAGAAUUCCAACGAAAUUCGAAUCAACAUUGCCAAUUUCGGCAUUCAGCGAUUGAAUUCUAGAAGACCCCAAACGACUACGAUCCCGAAACCUGUAUGAAUUGAAAUUGAAAUUUCCGACUCUAUGUCCACGACGACGUCGUUCUUAACGCCGACGCAGCGGUACGGCGCCGGAGCUUUGUUCGCGUUCGCUCUCCACCAGGCUCAGAUCCACCAGACGCGCCCUCUCGGUUUGCUCACUCACGAAGACUCUACCACCCUCGACCGCACCACUAGCUGCAGCAGCGCCGACUCCGUCUCCGACGACCCCUUGCUUUGGAUCAAUGACAAAUCCGGCCUCCUUCCGCCUGUGUUUCGGUUUCUAGAGAUUGAUCCUGCAGCAUGGUCCGGCCUUCAGGAAACUGCUGCUUCUUCUCCGGCUAGCAAUCAUGUUGGAGCAUUCUUGAGAUUGCUGGCGGAAGCAGGCGGUGAUGAAAAGAAUGGUUCGGAAAAUGCAGAUCAACAGCUUGCUUUGUCGAGAGCUGUUGAUGCAAUGGCGCGUAGCAUGGAACAGGACUCCGAGUCUUCUAAGUUUAAGAAGGAAAAACAAGUUGAGUACGAACAGGAAUGCCGUGAGAAACUAUCCACACCGGAGGUGAAGCAAAAUGCUGAAGCAGCGGAUGCGACUUUGGAAAGUUCGGAGGCCACAGCCGAGGUGAAAGAGAUUGUUCAAGCGGCGGGUGUGCCUUUGGAAGAUCAGCGAGAGAUUCGUGGUGAUAUGGUUAGUGUUAAAGAGACGGUUGAUAAGUCCAAGAGUGACAUUGAUGAUCAACCUGUUGUGGAGGUGAGAAUGCUAAGCAAUGAGAGGAAAAUUACGGUUCUGUAUGAGAUUCUUUCUGCUUGUCUGGCUGAUAAGCGUGAGGAUGAUAAAAAGUCUACCCGUCGGAGAAAGGGUUAUGAUGCUCGGCAUCGUGUAGCGCUUCGCUUACUAGCAACUUGGCUUGAUAUCAAAUGGAUACAAAUGGAAGCCAUUGAGACAAUGGUUGCUUGCUCUGCUAUGGCUUUAUUGAAGAAUGAAGAAGAAAAAGAAGAAACUAAGUCACCAAAAAGCAAAUGGGCUAAAUGGAAGCGUGGUGGUAUCGUGGGUGCAGCUGCAGUAACUGGAGGAGUGCUGCUGACAAUAACUGGUGGAUUAGCUGCCCCAGCAAUUGCUGCAGGACUUGGUGCUCUAGCUCCCACACUGGGUGCUGUCAUCCCAGUAAUCGGAGCAACUGGUUUUGCUGCAGCAGCAACUGCUGCUGGUUCUGUUGCUGGUUCCGUUGUUGUUGCUGCAUCAUUCGGAGCUGCUGGAGCUGGACUUACAGGGUUCAAAAUGGCUAGAAGAACAGGAAGUGUUGAUGAAUUUGAGUUCAAAGCUAUUGGAGAAAAUCACAACCAAGGCAGACUAGCAGUUGAGAUUCUGCUCUCAGGAUUUGUUUUCGAUGUGGAGGAUUUCGUGAUGCCUUGGGAGGGACAGAAUGGCAACUUGGAAAGGUAUGCCGUGCUGUGGGAGUCUAAGAAUCUAAUUGCAGUGAGCACUGCCAUUCAGGACUGGCUUACUUCAAGUAUUGCAAUGGGUUUGAUGAAGCAAGGUGCAAUGUUGACUGUGUUAAGUGGUCUUUUAACUGCACUGGCUUGGCCAGCAACAUUACUGGCUGCUACUGAUUUUAUUGAUAGCAAAUGGUCAAUUGCUGUAGACAGGUCAGACAAAGCAGGAAGGCUGCUUGCUGAUGUUUUACUAAAAGGAUCUCAUGGUAACAGGCCUGUUACACUCGUGGGUUUCUCACUUGGAGCACGAACAAUUUUCAAGUGUCUCCAGUGUUUGGCUGAGACCGAACAUGAUGCUGAACUUGUUGAAAGAGUUGUUCUACUCGGGGCACCCAUCUCUAUUAAGGAUGAGAACUGGGAAGCUGCUAGAAAGAUGGUUGCUGGAAGAUUUGUGAAUGCUUACUCUACAAAGGACUGGAUGCUUGGGAUUGCUUUCCGCGCAAGUCUGCUUAGUCGAGGAUUAGCUGGAAUUCAACCCAUUGAUGUUCAAGGAAUUGAGAAUGUUGAUGUUUCUGAUGUCAUUGAUGCUCAUUCUACCUAUCUUUGGGCCACACAGCAGAUCCUGGACAUGCUUGAAUUGGAGUCGUAUUAUCCUGUUUUCAAUAGCACUAUUUGCAUACAAAAAUAGACAGUUGUAUACAACAAGUCUGGUCUUUUCAUGAAGUCAUUGUUUUGCUGGAAGCUACCUGCUUCACUGGUUUCCAGUUAGUUUUAGCAUUUCCAUUAGGGAACACAGGUGGAUUGAGUUUCAUGUAUUCUUUUAUCUUGUUACCGGAAGAGAACAAAAGGGGUGAAAAUCUUUGUACAAAUAUAACAUUGUAAAAAGUUUCUCAACCUCAUGUGAA